AUGCCAUCUCCAUCAGCACCUAUUCGUGUGGCAGUUCCACCACCCUAUGUAACAUCGCAUGGAGCUAAAAUUGCAAGGCUACAUAUGUAUGACUGGAUUGUGCUGGUUAUUCUAGUUGUGGUGGAUGUAGUACUAAAUAAAAUAGAACCAUUCCAUCGAUUUGUUGGAUCGGACAUGCUAACGGAUCUCCGAUAUCCCAUGAAAGACAACACGGUGCCAUUUUGGACGGUGCCGAUAUAUGGUAUCAUUGGACCUAUGAUUAUCAUGACCAGUAUAUACAUCAUGAGGAGGAAUGUCUAUGAUUUGCAUCAUGCCAUACUAGGUCUCCUCUUUUCAGUGGCUAUAACUGCAGUUUUAACUGAUGCGAUUAAGGAUGGUGUUGGUCGGCCACGUCCAGAUUUCUUUUGGCGCUGUUUUCCUGACGGAGUACCUGCCUAUGACAAUUUUACUACGGGCGUCCUGUGUCAUGGUAAAGCGAGUGAUAUCAAAGAAGGUCACAAGAGUUUCCCAAGUGGUCAUACUUCUUUGUCUUUUGCUGGCCUCGGGUUUCUGUCAUGGUAUCUAGCUGGUAAAAUCAAAGUUUUUGAUCAAAGAGGCCAUGUUGCAAAACUCUGCAUUAUUUUUCUCCCUCUGCUUGGUGCAGCCUUAGUGGCUGUUUCUCGAGUAGACGACUACCGGCAUCAUUGGCAAGAUGUGUGCACUGGUGGAGUUCUGGGACUGGUGGUUGCUUCUUUGUGCUACCUGCAAUUUUUUCCUCUGCCGUCUGACGAAAAUGGUCUAUGGCCUCACGCAGACAUCCAGCACAUUCAUAAUCUGGAAGGGGGACACACAAGUGCAACCCACAGCAAUGGAUCACCAAAACUCGGUGCAGAACGGUUUGUUUGA